AUGUUCAUCUGGGAGAUGGAGCGGCUACAUGAGAUAUACGGUCCCAUUAUACGCAUUACCCCUCUUGAGGUGCAUAUCAAGGACUCUAGCUACUACGAUGAGAUAUAUGCCUCUAGUAAGCGCAAACGUGAAAAGUCCGCUUCUUUGGUCGCUCGAUUUGAUCUCGACGAUACUGCAUUUGCUAGUAUCUCCCAAGAAGACCACCGGAAGCGGCGUUCACACAUUGAGAGACACUUUUCAAAGCAGGCUGUCUCCAACAUAGAGGAUUUGAUAUAUGAAAAUAUUGACAAACUCGACAAUCAUUUCAAGCGCGCCUUUGAAUUCCAUAAAGUCAUUGAUCUCGAUGCUGGCUUUGCUGGACUGACUUCCGAUGUCAUUCACAAAUAUGCCUUUGGGUUCAACAGUGGGAAUCUUGACCACGAUGACUUCAACGCGAGUGUGAGGGACGGAGUCAACGCACUGUUCAAAUUCAGCCACAUCAUGUACUUUUUCCCGGUCCUUCAAACUAUCAUGGAAUCGCUUCCAUUGUGGUUGCUCGAAAAGCUUGACCCAUUCGCGUAUGCACUAGUGAGCCAGAAGUUGGACCUUCUGCGUCGGACAGAGGAAUUCCUGCAAAGCGAGCCGACAAACUCGAAAAAUCGCUCCGUCAUGGAAGUUAUGUGCGGCCCCAGUAUGCCGAAGGAUAUGCGCGGCGCUGUUCGUCUCAGCAAUGAGGGAUUUUCUAUGAUCAUCGGUGGCACCGAGACAACUGCCCGAUCGCUAUCUAUUGCAGCAUUUCGCCUCUUGGAAAAUAAGUCGAUCAAAACCAAGUUGCGAGAGGAACUGCGGACGGUGAUGCCCACUCCUGAGUCCCGACCAACAUGGAGGCAGCUUGAACAGCUGCCAUAUUUGUCUGCAUUUGUUUGGGAGAUAUUACGUGUGUCUACUGGAAUUUCAAGCCGAUCGGCUCGGGUCGCACCUGAUGAAGCAUUGAUCUACAAGGAUCACACCAUUCCUGCUGGAACACCAGUCAGUGAGACCAACUAUUUCGUUCUCACUGACCCCGAGAUUUUCCCCGAUCCGCAUACCUUCGACCCAGACCGGUGGCUACGGGCCGCUGCGAAAGGGGAACAUCUGGAUAGAUAUAUGGUCAAUUUUUCCAAGGGCAGUCGGAUAUGUUUGGGCAUGAACUUGGCCUAUGCGGAGCUAUUUCUUGUACUAGCGACUUUUAUUCGUCGGUUUGACAUGGAACUGUUUGAGACAAGCGAGAAGGAUAUUGCUUUUGCGCGUGAUUUUGGAACCCCAUAUCCCGAUGAGGGAAGUGCCCGUGUGCGAGUUAUGGUUACCAAGGUGAUCGAGGAGUGA